AUGACUUCCUACAGAACUGGUCGAAGGCGUUCUGCCAGCCAGGGAUCAGCCUCGAGCCGCACCUUCGUGCCGCACCCGGAGAGUGUCGCUACCACAGAUCAGCAGCCACACGAUCAGUCCGAUGCCGACCUCGACUCUCUUGACGAGGUGAUCAUGGCCGUGCAGCUCACAGAACGGGGCACAGUGGGCUGCGCAUACUACGUAGCACGCCAGGAGAAGCUGUACUUUCUCGAAGACGUCAGGCUUGGUGGCCCAGACAUCAUUGAUCAGCUCAAACUAUUCAUUGAGCCGACCGUGGUACUCGUCUCAAGCAAAUGUGACGAUCAGGUCAUUGAACGUCUUGACCCCGAGAUGAGAGACGCACGAGCAUCAGUAGAUGGCAGAAGUACUGAUCAGACUCGCCUACCAUACUUGCUUGAACGCCGUCCGAAUGCCGAGUUUGGCUACGACUCUGCUCGCAACAGGCUGGUCAACCUUCGCAUCGGCCAACACGAUGGUCCCCGUGUGACUUUCGUGGUCCCUGGCGACAUCAUGACCGAGCAGGACGACCGUGACAAUGCCGACACAGGUUUUGCUGGCCGUCAAGGUCAACUUCUCCGUCUGUCGGGCUGGAUCAAUGUCGAAAGUCGCACCACAGUCGGCUGCGCAGGUGCAGUCCUUUCGUACCUGCAGCGCCGCAGAGCCACGUCCUACCUCCCUGGAGACCAAGCUGCUGCUGCCAUGUUCAGAGUUGCCACCGUGGAGAUGUUCAGCCUCAGCGGGACCAUGUUCAUCAAUGCAGACACAUUGGCAUCACUGCAGAUCACAUCGAUUGAAUCACAUCCGAACGCGCAGAACCAAGGGCCACCAAGUAAAGGUUGGUCGAGUGGUGCCAAGGAGGGCUUCUCAGUCUACGGCCUGUUUCAUCAGCAAGCCAAGACAGCUCAAGGUCGAGCUCUUCUACGCCAGUAUUUCUUGCGGCCAAGCCUAAACAUUGCCGUGAUCAACGAACGCUUACAGACCAUCAGCGUCUUGCUUCGACCUGAGAACAGCACUUGCUUAGUCAGGCUGUCAGAGUGUCUUGGCAAAGUCAAGAAUCUACGUAUCGUCACGGUCAACCUGCGCAAAGGCAUCAACAGCGGCUUGAAUUCGAACAGAAGAGUCUCCCCCUCUGUAUGGUCCACCAUUCGCCACUUCUCAUAUUACACCCUCAACAUACUGGAGACUUUGGUCGAGCUGCAGGGGGGCGAAAGACUCGCCAUUCGUGCUAAGAUCGAAGAUAAGUUUGAUCGUCGCCAGCUUGCAAGUGUCGGUAAGCUCAUCAAUGAUGUCGUUGAUAUCGAGACAUCUAAGCUGGAGGGCCAUACAGUCGUGCAUCCGAACAUCGAUGAGGAGCUAGACGAGGCCAAGAGGACAUACGAUGGCAUUGAGGAUCUACUGUCCAAAGUUGCAAGCCAUGUUGCCGGUCAUGUUCCGGCUGUGCUCGACUCGAAGGUCAAUGUCAUCUUCUUCCCACAGAUCGGCUUCCUCAUCUCAAUUCGUCUUGAAGGAGACACUGGAAGAGGAGUGUGGGAGGGCACCGAGGACGAUCCGUGGGAGAAGAUGUUUGCCACAGAGGAAAAUGCGUACUAUAAGAAUUCCAACAUGACAGAGAUGGACGAACAUUUUGGUGACAUCUAUGGUCGUAUCCGUGACAAGGAGAUUGAGAUCGUUCAGCAGCUUGGAGAUCGUGUCUUGGAGUACGAAGAUCUGCUGAAUACUGCAUCGGAUAUGUGUGGUGAGCUCGAUGCUCUCGUAGCUCUGGCAAAAGGUGCACAAAUGCACAAUCUUGCCAGACCCAUCGUGACCGAGGAGAACAUCAUCAAGAUCAAAGCUGGUCGACACCCACUGCAGGAGCAGACUGUGCCGUCGUAUGUCGCAAACGACACGUUUCUAGUGGGCGGAUCUGGUAGUGAGCCAUAUCAAGAACAAGUCGAAGACGUAAUGAUUCAGGAGCUACGCGAUGUAGCCUCUACGCCGGCAGCAUCUCAAGCAAUCGCCAGUGGCCCCAGCAUGGCCAUACUGACUGGACCGAAUUACUCUGGCAAGAGCGUCUACCUCAAGCAGGUCGCCAUCAUUGUCUAUAUGGCACACAUCGGUAGCUUCGUCCCGGCAGAAGCUGCGAAGAUCGGCAUCACCGACAAGAUCUUGACGCGCAUCACGACUCGCGAAAGUGUCUCACGCGUGCAGAGUGCUUUCAUGAUCGACUUGCAACAGAUAUCUGUCGCUCUGAGCCUCGCUACCCGUCGUAGCCUGCUUGUCAUCGAUGAGUUCGGCAAAGGCACGGAGUCGUACGAUGGGGCAGGACUCGCUGCUGGUGUCUUCGAGCAUCUACUGCAGCGCGGCACUCAUUGUCCCAAAGUGUUAGGCGCAACGCAUUUCCACGAGAUCUUUGAGACUGGCUUUCUACCAAGGCGCCCGUCGCUCGCGUUUGCGCAUAUGGAAGUACGUGUCGAUGAAGAGUCCUCUGCUCUCGAUGAACAAAUCACGUACCUCUACAACUACAAACCCGGUCGCAGCAGCGCAAGCUUCGGAACAUGCUGCGCUGCCAUGAAUGGGGUGGAUGAAAAGGUCGUGCAGAGGGCAGAGCAGCUGAUCUUGCUUGCUGCUCGUGGCGAGGACCUGGUCGAAAUCUGUGCAGAGUUGCCUGAUGCUGAGCUAGCCGAGCUUCAAGAUGCUGAGGAACUUGCUCGCGACUUCUUGGAGAACGAUAUCGAAGACGAGCCUCGCAUUAUCCUUGAUGACCUGCUCAAGCUUGCAAGCUCGACGAUGGGAGCUAAUUAA